AUGGACAGAGCAAGCAGAACACAAGCCUUUAAGGAGAACUUACUAACCGAGCGACUUGGACCCGGAAAGUUUGGAAUCGUCUACAAAGCGUUUUAUGGAGAUCGCUGGGCUGCAGUUAGGAAGUUUUCCAGAUUCCAAGAUGUCGCAACUUGGAAUCAAUCUGUUCAGACAUUAAUUGAUGUGAAUCAUGAUAAUAUAAUCAAGAUUUAUGAUUUCAUACUUCAAAAGACAGACGCAUACCUUAUUAUGGAGUACGCCGAGAAUGGUUCAUUGCACAAUUAUCUUCAUAAUAAAAGAACGCCAGCGCAUUAUUCAUGGCAAGUUGCCCUUAACUGGGGUCUGCAAAUAGCAGAAGGCAUUGCCUUUUUACAUGGUCUGAUGCCCAAGGGUAUAAUACAUGGGCAUAUUAGGCCGGGAAAAAUAUUAAUCUCGAGAGGAGGACGCACACUAAAGAUUGAUAAUCUGGACUCGGCUUUUCAUAAUAAUCGAAUGCUAAUUGGUUAUACGGCACCUGAGGCAAUCGAAAAUGGGGUAUAUACUGAGAAAAUGGAUGUUUAUAGUUGGGCAACAACAUUUUCGGAACUUCUCACACUACAAAAACCAAUCUAUAAUGUUGCACCUCCCUUGGAUUGUAUGCUAGAAGGAACUCCAGAAGCUGUAAAAGUAUUGAUCUCUAAAUGUAGAGUUAGGUCAAUCAACGAGAGAUUUACCAUGAGACAAGCAGCCAUUAGUCUUAAAAGAAUCAUUUCCAGUAGUUCUUCAAAACUGGGUACCCUGUCGACUCUAGAAGAAGUUCCCUUUACAGAAUUACAGCUUGGCAAGAAACUUGGUUACGGUUCAACCGGAAAUGUACGCAAAGCCUUUUUCCGCGAUAAAAUAAUAGCCUUGAAGCAAAUUUAUUAUACUGUGGAUCCAAUGAGCGUUAAAAAACAGCUUAUUAGUCUAUCAUCUGUACAUCAUAUCAAUGUGACAUCAUUAUUUGGCGUUACACUUCACGAUGGAACACUUAAUUUACUUCUGGAAUAUGCCGAAAAUGGAUCGUUACAUGAGUUCUUGCACGGACCGAUGCAAUACAAUUAUUCAAAUAAACUUGCCCUAGACUGGGGCAUUCAAAUUGCGAAUGGUAUGGCCUAUUUACAUGAUAUGAGACCCAUUUCCAUAAUACAUGCAAAUGUAAAUUCACGAAAUAUUCUAAUAUCCAGAGGAGGGCAACUUUUGAAACUCAGUUUGCCGAUGAAAUCAAAAAAAUUACAUUCAGUCCACAUAGCACCAGAGGUUUUUAAAGAAAAUGUAAGCACAGAGAAGAGCGACGUCUAUAGUUGGGGAUUUAUUAUGUGGGAAGUCCUGUCGCGAAAAGAACCGCUAAGAGAUCAAAAAUUAUUAUUUGAUAAUCAAAUCGACUGUCCGCAGGAACUUAAAGUUUUAAUUCAAAAGUGUUCAGAACAAAAAGCAGCACAGCGACCGACAAUAAAAACUAUUAUAAGCCAAAUGAUAUUGAAUACCAAAACUUUGAUUCCAAAUAACGACGAAGAAUUUCAGAUGCCUCAAGUAGGUUCUGACAUUGUGCAUAAACAUUUCUGGCAAGACAAACUAAUAGCUGUGAAAAGAUGUCAUAGAUAUAACAAUAAGACAAAAACUAUGGACGAAAUCAAUAAUCUGUCCCAACUUAAUCAUGUGAAUGUUAUUGCUAUUUAUGGCUAUAGUACAAUUGAAAAUGUUAUUUAUAUACACAUGGAAUAUGCCGAAAAUGGAUCAUUGCACAAUUUCUUGCAUGGAGCAUGGCAGCCAGAAUAUUCGUUAUCUUUAGCCAUUCAUUGGGGUCUUCAAUUAGCUGAGGGCAUUAACUACUUGUAUUCCAUGGACAUUAGACAUGGUGACAUAAGACCCAAUAAUGUCUUUCUAUUUUCAAAUUGUCGACUCUUAAAGAUCGGCAACUUUGAAUCAUUUUAUGCACUUGAAACGACACGAGACCGUAUCAAUUGGUAUCGAGCACCAGAUGUUUAUCCCACCUACAAAAGCGAUGUCUAUAGCUGGGCCAUCACCAUGAACGAAAUACUGACGCGUGAAGAACCAGAUGAUGAACCCUUCAUUGGAUUUGCAAAUAUCUUUAUUAGCGAAGAAGGACCCGUAAUGGGAGACAAUGGAGGAUUGAUGGCCGACUGCCCGCAGGGUUUAUUGGAUCUAUUAGAGCAAUGCUGGCAAAAAGACAAGUUCAAACGACCUUCAAUGGAUUACAUUGUGGAUGAAUACAAAAAUCUUUACUCCUUUCCACACGCUUUACUGACACAUUGGGAUUCAGCAGAGUCCCUUAAGAGCCUCGAUCAUGGAUGUUUUAAAUGUGUUGUAAUGUAGAAUUAAUUUUAUCUUAUAUUUAUGGAAUCUUCGCUUUAAAUAUAUUUUCUUCCUUAAGAGUUA